CAGGGGCGGACUGACCAUUUGGAAACUUGGGCACUGCCCGAGGGCCUGGGGUCAGUAGGGGGCCCCAUGAGAUGCCCCUGGUACCUUUUUCAUAGGCUUUUUGGAGUUUGGGCAAGGACACAGGGGCCCCAUGAUCCCCUAUUGCCCAGGGGCCCCAUGAGUUGUCAGUCUGCCCCUGGUCUGACCUUAAACGACUGUGAGAGUUGUCACCUGCAUAUUUUGUUAGUGAAUUUUCUGGUGAAGGCACAACUAGUUUACAAAUAAUUAAUAGAUUUUCAUAGGCUUUUUUGAGUUUGGGCAAGGACACAGGGGCCCCAUGAUCCCCUAUUGCCUGGGGGCCCCAU